UACACCAUUUGUCCAUAUUAAAUGUAUUUAAUGUACAACAGGCUAUUACCUACUCAUAAUGACUGAUAAAAUAAGACAUUUUAUGAAAUCUGUCUUUCCUUUAUACAAAUAGAAAAGAAGGUUACGUAAUUUCCGGACUAUAAGUUCCUACUUUUUUUCAGGCUAAAACAACGAUGCGGCUAGGAUGAUAUUAAUAUAUGUAAAGUGGAACUAAAUUCUUCAAACCAGUGCUUUUGAGUUUAAUACACACGUGUAUCAUGGAAAACAUACGACGAAAUGCAUAUGAUGCGGCGUUCAAGGUAAAAACGAUCGAAUUGGCAGUUUUAGAAGGAAACAGCAGCUGCACGUAUGCUUGGCGUCAAUGAAUCGAUGGUGAGACGUUAGAGACGCCAGCGCGAGAAACUGUCUAGAUGUAAAAAGACGAGAAGGGCGUUCAGAGGUAAGAAAAGCCGAUGGCCAGAACUUGAGAACGUUCUUGAGGACUGGGUGAACGUACGGAGAGCGGGCGGCCAAGGCAUUUCCACUGUGCGGAUCCGCCUAAAGGCCAAAACAAUCGCCACCGAGAAGAAGAUCGAGGACUUUACAGGUGGACCGUCGUGGUGCGUCAGAUUUAUGAGACGAAAGGGCCUUUCCACCAGGGCACCGGCGACUCUGAGUGAGCGAUGCCCUCCCAACUGCGAGGAAAAAGUUACAACAUCCGCGAAUUCGCCCACGUAAAUACGAUGAGUGGGGACCAUCAGUUGGUCACUAUCAGUAUGAAGAACAAGAAAAGGAUGGACGCCAACACGUGUGCAUGGCAGUGGCGCAGUAGCUGUGUGAAGAAAUAUUCGAGAUAUACAGAACGAUUAUAUCACUGCAGUAAGAUUGGUUUUGAUUUUAAUGUUGGAUCUCAAAUGCACAAAAAACUGGACUUGAAGAUGGUGACAAAUGGUGUCAUACUUGAGAUGUGUGAUUUUGCUAAAAUGGUCAAUAAGAGUAAAAUACAGUUUGCCACACACAUUCUGGAGAAUAAUUUUGAUCUCGGGUUAGACAAUGAGCAACAGAGGAGUGAAUUUUCUUCUCGAAUUCUACACAAAGUGAAAGACCUUAUGAGAAAACCUAGAGAUGAACAUGGAGUUUUCACUCUCUGUGACAUUUUACAGUGUGCAGUGUGCACAAACACACUAGAGGAUGCCCUUAAUACAGAUGACACUAAAGAUGAAGAUCAAUGUGGUUUAGAAGAAAUCGAUGGACCACAAACUAAUGACAUCAAUGAUUUAGAUGAAGGUUUAAGGCUGCACUCAAAUGAACUGAAAGCAGAUGUUGGUCUCCCAUCAUUUCCUCAUUGUGAAGGGAUUGGACUAAACAUUGAAGUUGGUUCAAAACAAAGUCUAGAUCCAACUUCAUUGACGAAUGGGGUCAUGUUAGAACUGGUACAUUUUGCCAGAUUCAUAACUUCCUACAGCUCUAUUGUUCUGGGUUUGUUGGAACAUAAUUUCGAACUUGACAUAAAAUGUCCAAACCUCAAAAGUAUAGUUUGGCUCAAGAUAUUAGCCCUGCUAAAGAGGAGGAAGCAGCUCAUUGACAUGUUUAAAGAUGAAUCGUUUUGCUUUUACACAGAGUCGGAAAAGUCAGAAGCAGAAAACCCCUUGUAUCACUUCAGAGACAUUCCCAAAAAAAGGCAGCCUAAAAAGAGGGCUCUGUCAGCACCAAGAGGAGGUGGCACUAAGAUGUGCAAAGCGAAGAAGAUAAAGAAAGACAUCCCAUCACAGAAUAAAAACACAUGUUCCUGGGAUUCAGACCAUGCAUCAGAUUUAGAGCAUUCUUACAUGUGUCCCUUGGAUUCAGAUGAAGCUUCUAACAUAGAGGGCACAGAUAAUGAGAAUCCUGUACAAGACUCCUGUUCUAAUACUUUGAGACCAUCAGAGUUAGUUUGUUUAAGUACACAUACACCUUUCCUCACCAACUCUGAUCCUUCAUUCGAUGUGAACUCACCAUUUGCAGGAAAGUCUAAUAAACGUAAGUCAGCUGGAGACAAAAAGCAAACACAAAUUCCAGGAAAUGUCCCUGACAGAUGUCUGGCUGAAGAGGAGGACAUGCAAGUCGAGAGGGACAUGUGGAAGCUGCGCUCUAAACGUGUAAAGCAAAUUGUAGAAGACCAGGAAUACUGUGCAUUUCACAAAGCGCGGGAGGUCGGCAUAGAAUUCAACGUUGGCUUUGGCCCAAAGCAAAAAAUCAGUAUUAACUCUUUGACCACUGCUCUCUUUUUUGAAAUAGUAAAGUUUGCCUUGGCCUUGAAUUCAUCUCAGCAGGAGUUUAUCAUGGAGAUUCUUGAGUACAACUUUGACUUAGACCUGCAUAACAAAAUCCAAAGGAAAAUGUUUGCACAAGAUCUAAUGAUUAAAGUGAGACAGCUCAAAAAUAGGAAGUAUCCUGAGAAAUCCUCCAGAGAGAUUUUUGAACUCCCUGGCCUGGUGUCAUUGGUUAACAUGGCAAAGGCCAACAUGGGAAAUGUUGGUACUGAACUCGAAACCCUAUCAAGAAUGAACAAGUGUACAGUUGGUCCUGUGCGUCGUCCUGAUUCACAUGCAGAAGCUACUGAACAGAGUGUGAACCAUCAUCCUUUCUGUGAGGAAAUAGAGUUGAAGUUACAUGUGAAACACCACCAUCCCAAAAAAAAGCUUGAGCUGUACAAACUGACAAGUGGAGCGAUGUCUGAAGUGAUGAACUUUGCUGAAAGGCUGUGUGGAACAUUCCAAGAGAUUUUUGUUGAUGUCCUUCAACACAACUUCGAUUUUGAUUCGCAAAAUGGAAAUUCUGAUCCUACUACAGAUAUUCUCUUAAGAGUUCCUAUUGUGGUGGAGCAGCAAAAUCUGAUGAGAUGUUUUCCCUUCAGCCCAAGUUUCAAACUACAAUGGUCACUCAAGCCGAUAUGGGAGUUUGGGAAUCCCCCACCUUCAAAUGCACAGAGUAAUGAUUCUGUCCAGGUUCCCUUCAUUGAUCAAAAUGUAGAGAUAUGUGCUCACGCUGAGCAAGAAAAUGAGCUUGAUUUAUGGCUGUGGAGGUUGCGGGCCAAUCAGAUGCAGCGAAUCCUUUCUGUGCCUCAUUUAGAACAUUGCCCUCUUUAUUCUUUUUCCAAAUGCAAGAAAGUAGGCAUUGAUUUCAACAUAGGAUCUGGUGUCAAACAAAGUCUUGAUCCAAGGUUACUGACCAAUGGCGUUAUGGUUGAAAUAGACAACUUUGCCAGUGAACUUCAAGCUGCUCAAAAGUACUUCAUCACUGAAAUACUGGAGUAUAAUUUUGAUUUGGAAAGGUUUGACUUGAAAAACGACCUGAAUCGCAGCAUUUUUGCACAGCAGCUCUUCUUAAAAGUCAGAGCAGCAGUUUAUAGACGUUCACAAAGCCUGAUGAUGAAACCUUUUGAAUUGCCUGACUUAAGAUGCGUAGAAGGCUCUCCAAAAUUAAAGUUUUGCCCCAGAUGUUGUAGGGAUGAAUCUGGCCCAGGCCACAUGAUUCAUCCUCACUUACCUGCCACAGUGUCUGGUGAAGCCAACUGCACAGCAAAGCAGCCUGCAAAGGACUCCUCCUCCAUCUCCCCAACAUUGUUGAAGUCCAUAAUGCACAAAUACCAUCGCUGCAGGCUGAGUGGUUUAAGUCUGUGCAUGGAGAAAGACCAACCAAGCGUAAAACUUGACAUGCGCCUCCUGACACGGGGAAUUGUCCGUGAAGUAGCAGGUUUUGCCAAAACAUUGUGUGGAACAAAAAAUCAACUUGUGAAUGAUAUUAUCAAACACAACUGGUUUGGUUCACAGAGCAAAGACAUAAACCACGCAGCUCAGUUCACAGCGCAGAUGACUGCAAGAAGCAGGAAACCCAGUUGGUUCAAUGAACGUUUUGUAGCUCAGCCAAAUCAUCACAGAGAUUCUGGACAUACCGCGAAGGGAAGUAAAGUAGCAGCCAAAAACGAGAAGGCAGGUGACCGUGCUUCCACAGGACAGGUUGAAGAGGAGGAGAUGAUGAGUGUCUGUCAUCACGCAGAUCUGUGACUCAAUCACUCAUAUUACCACUAUUCUGUAAACAAAGCAAAUAGAAAAAACUUGCCAAGUUCUGAUGCCCACAAAGUAAGCAUUAGCCAUUCGGGGUAAACGCCUGCCUUAAGUUAUAUUUUAUCUAGUUAGAUGUAAAAAUUAUUUUAUUGUGUUGUUGAAAUAAAAGUGUAUGUUUUUCUCAA